ACCGGAUCCUCCUACGGCGCAACCGCCCUAUUCCCUAAGCUAUUUGCACACAUAUUGGCGCCACUCCGGAUCUUACGAAAAUGCAUCAAGCUUGCAAUUAUUUUGCACGAUAGAUUUCACAAUUGUCGUCCGCUUUUCUUUCUCUUUUCGCUCUUUUUUAUCAUGGGUAUUACGUUUUAGACUUUGGUUUGUCCAUGGUCUGAUAGGAGCAUGUCAGCGAAAUUGUGGGUUCUCGGCGUUAAUGCUUUACCACCUCGGGUGCCACCUUGCACUUUUACGAUUGUUCAUUUCCUCAGCGCUUCCUCUAAGAAUAUGCACGGGAGGGCUCCUUUAUCCAUUGGUUCAUGGUUGUUUCUUCUUUGGGGCAGGCUGGCGCUUCCAGGGCGUCAAGUCACUCCUCGCACUCCAUACGUUGGCGGCUACCAACGGAUCUGCCAUUGCUGGAGGGCUGCUUAUCACGUUCAUGAAUGUUUUUUUCCUUCUUCAAUUGUCGCCUUCCGCUGUAGUCGGGUUGUAAUUAAUGGCACAAGAUUGGUGAUACGGAAUUCGCUUUAUUCUAUUCGGGGCGGUGGGAACAAAAUACCUCUCGCUUUUUUACGGGCUUUUCUCAGCCUGUGCAUCAUUUUGGGCAAACGGAGGAAGUAUUAUUUUGGGGGUUUUCUUGCUUUUUUCUCUUUCUUUCUUUAGUGUACUACUGUUAUACAUCGAAAGAUCCUGAUAUCCCAGGACACAACAGAAUGCGAAAAAAAAAUCCUAGAAAAGCGACGAAGUCGCAUAAGGAAAAUCUGACUCUUCUCGGGUUCCAACCGUCGGUAGUGAUGGAGUGUUUUCUCUUUG